ACCAAGGGCUUCUUCUGUUCCUUCUCCCAGAAGACACUCCCGUACACGGAUGUAGCGAAUUAUGGCGUUUAAAAACGACAGGCGGACGCUAAGUCUGUCCUUUCUUAGGAGUGAAGGCCCCUCCUGAAGCUUGGGAGUAACCAUGGAGACCAGGCCUGCUCUGCGUGGGCCUCCCGGAGAGCGUUUGGCCCAGCUCGCCCCGCUGGAUGCGGUAAGGAUUUCUGCUGUGCUGGAAGACUGCACUGACCAGCUGGCCAUCCUUGGCUAUAUCAUGCCAGUUUCCUAUGAGGGCAGGAAAGACCUCCUGGAUUCCAAUUGCCAGGAAGUCCAGGGAAUCCUCAAUCACCAGCAGGACCUGAGCACAAAAUACAAGGAUCUGAUGGAUCUGAGGGCUGAGAGUCAGGCUAAAAUCCCCACCGAGCUUGGCAAGAUCACAGAACUCGGGCGGCAACUGCAGGAUGCCAGCGGAGAUCUGAAGAGGGCCAACUAUCUUUUCAGCAAUGCUGCGAAACAGAGUCCUUUGUCCACAGAUAACAUCAAGAAAGUUCAGGCCGACAGGCAGUACGCAUGUGACGUGAUCGCAGGAACGACAGAUGAGAUGCUGACACUGGGAACCUUUAAGACCCUGCAGUUCUCGAUGGACAAAGAAAAGCAACAGAAGGCUGACCUCCACAAUCUUGUCCUCAGGGAAGAGAUGGGAAGGAAGAAGAUCCGGUCACUCCAGAAGCAGCUCAGUGAUGUCAAGAAAGAGAAGGAUUUUGAGCUCCAGAACCGGGAUGAGAUGAUUGCCUACCUGAAGGACCAGCUGCAAGAGAUGAAGGCCAAGACCGACAUGGAGAACCGCUAUGUCAAGAAGGACACGGAGCUCCAGGUGACUCAGGUGCAGAAGAAAUGCGGCAAUGCGGAGAAUGACCUCCAGAACGAGAUUGAGAAGCUGAGGAUUCAAACUGAACAAGAGGUCAGAGUCCACAUGGAUGUUGAGAAUUUCCUCAAGCAGCAGCAAAUGAGCAUCGAAGAGAAGCUCGAGUACUGGAUGGAAAAGUACGAGAGGGACACAGAAGCCAAGCAGCAGGAGCUGAAUGCUAUCAAGUCCUCCAGAGCAGCUGACCAGGCAGCACUACAGGAACUAGCCAAGCAGUGCCUUGUGUGUGAGCAAGCCAUCAUUGAGGACCGGAAGGAAAAGGAGGCUGCCCGGAAGAAAGUGGAACAGGAUGCUCUAGAGAUGAAAAGUGUCCUGAAGCUGCAGGCUUGGUGGAGAGGCAUGAUGGUUCGCAGAUUCCUUGGCCCUUACAAGGCCCUCAAAAAAGCUUUGGAAGAAGAGCCUCCAACCAAAGAAAAGGGGAAGGGAAAAGGAAAAGGGAAGGGGAAAGGGAAGAAAAAGUGAAGUGAACAGAAUCCAAUUCCAGUGUCAUCAUUGUCACACUCAGCAUUUGGGUGAUGGGGCAGGGGGUGGGAUGGGACAAUUGGAUUGGCUAACUUUGUGUUUGCCAAGAGGGUAAAAAAUAAUAAAUACUUAGGACUCA